AUGAGAGCAGCUCAGAGUCGUCAGAAGAGCUAUGCAGAUAACCGUUGUCUCCAAUUAGAGUUUGAGGUCAAGAAUAAAGUAUUCUUGAGGAUUGCGCCAAUGAAAGGGGUCAUGAGGUUUGGAAAGAAGGGCAAGUUGAGCCCUAGAUAUGUCAGGCCCUUUGAGAUUCUUGAUCGGAUUGGACCAGUGUCUUACAGAGUAGCCCUACCACCAGCACUCUCAGGGGUUCAUGACGUAUUUUAUGUAUCUAUGCUGAGGAAGUAUAUACCUGACCCUACCCACGUUAUCGAUUACGAACCUCUUCAACUUCAGAAAAUCUGUCUUAUACAGAAGAGCCGGUGCAGAUUGUUGAGAGAAAAGACCAAUUGCUAUGGAAUUGGACCAUUCCAUUGGUUAAAGUGGUAUGGAAUAAUCAUGCUAUCAGUGAAGCCUCUUGGGAAUUAG